CUACCAAACAAAGCCUUAAACCCGCAUCAAUUACAUGAACAUCUCGUCUGGUCGUCUCCAUAUCUCUCUUCCCUUCUUAUCUUCCAUCAACACUAAAACAGUCCAACAAUGGUGUUACCGCAAUAUCUAGGCGGAGCAACCUUACAAACCCUAAAAAUGGCGGGCACUCCUUCCUUCUCCAUUUUCAGACCUCUCUUAAACUCCCCAACUCUUAACUUUCUUCUUCCUCGCUCCACUAAACUGUCCUCUCUCCCACUCCCUUCAUUACGCCGCCCAUUUUCUCUCUCCUUCUCCUCCUCUUCUGCUGCCGCCAUUUCCGCCUCUUCUGAUACUGGGUUGAAAACUCAGUGGAAAGCAGCGAUUGAUUUUAAGUGGAUUCGAGAUAAUAAAGAUGCAGUUGCGGAUAAUAUAAAGAUUAGGAAUUCUACCGCUAAUUUGGAAUUGGUCCUUGAGCUUUAUGACAAAAUGCUGUCUGUUCAGAAGGAGGUUGAGCAACUUCGCGGGGAAAGAAAUACAGUAGCAAACAAAAUGAAAGGAAAACUGGAACCAUCUGAGCGUCAAAAGCUAAUUGAAGAAGGUAAGAAUUUGAAGGAAAAACUUGCCAGCCUGGAGGAAGACCUCCUCAGACUAACAGAUGAGCUUCAGCAGGAAGCACAAUGUAUCCCAAAUAUGACUCAUCCAAAUGUGCCGAUAGGAGAUGAAGAUUGUUCAGCAUUGAGAAAAAUGGUUGGCAGCCCACCUGAUUUUGGCUUUCCAGCUAAGGAUCACCUGGAGCUCGGCAAGGAGCUUGAUCUUUUUGAUUUUGAUGCUGCAGCUGAGGUAAGCGGCUCCAAAUUUUACUACCUGAAAAAUGAAGCAGUCAUGUUAGAAAUGGCCCUUAUUAAUUGGACUCUUUCUGAAGUCGCAAAAAGAGGUUUUACCCCUUUGAUGACUCCAGAAAUUGUGAGGGCUUCUGUCGUUGAAAAAUGUGGAUUUCAACCUCGGGCAGAGAACACGCAGGUUUAUACUAUUGCAGGUUCUGAUCAGUGCCUCAUUGGCACUGCUGAAAUACCAUUAGGAGGACUUCAUAUGGAUUCCAUUCUUUCUGAAGCAUCAUUACCUUUAAAGUAUGUUGCUUAUUCACAUUGCUUCCGGACUGAGGCAGGAGCUGCUGGUGCAGCAACGAGAGGCCUUUACAGAGUGCAUCAAUUUAGCAAGGUUGAGAUGUUCAUUUUGUGUAGACCGGAGGAGAGUGAUACAUAUCUUGAAGAGUUGAUAGGAAUUGAAGAAGACCUCUUUGCAGCCUUGGGUUUUCACUUCAAAACCCUGGACAUGUCAUCUGCAGAUCUUGGUGCUCCUGCUUUCCGUAAGUUUGACGUGGAAGCAUGGAUGCCUGGGUUGGGACGUUUUGGUGAGAUAUCGAGUGCUUCAAAUUGUACGGACUAUCAAAGCCGGCGAUUAGGGAUCCGGUACCGUCCAGAAUCAACAUCUAUGAGCAAUCAGAAGAAAGCUAAGAAUGCACCAACACAGUUUGUGCACACACUAAAUGCUACAGCAUGUGCAAUACCACGCAUGAUCAUUUGUUUGCUGGAGAAUCACCAACAAGAAGACGGCUCUGUUAUCAUUCCCGAACCACUGAGGCCCUUCAUGGGUGGGGUUGAAAGUAUAGGCUAUAAAUAUCGACUGUAGUAUACAUGACAGUCCUUUUGGAGUACCAUUAUUGUUUGGGAUUUGAGUUGUAUGUUUAAUGAUAUUAGCAUUUUUGAGAAGGUGUACAAUGCAAAUCUUCUGAUUCUUACCA